ACCAUUGAAUACCAGUUAUAGUUGAACAAUAAUUUGAUUUGAAUCUAAUUUCUGUUUUAUCAAGAACUAAAAAGAUGAGAGCUUUUACUAGUGUGAUAGUGGCGGCUUUGGCCUUAGCAUCAUUUUCGGGCUCAAAUGCUAGCAAAAAUACUCUGCCAUAUACUGAGCCUAAGUUAAGCGGUCUGGUUGCCAACACGGUAGUACCGAACAUUAAAUUACCAAGUGUUCAUUAUCAAGCCGAUGAAUUUGAUGGUAGAAAAUGGAUGGAAAUUUGCUGUGGAUUGACACCUCAAAAUGGAACGUAUAAAAGCUUGGUGGAUCAAUUGCUACAACAUCAAACCAGAAAAUAUGAUGAACAAACAAUUGCGGAUAUUAUUGAACCAGCAAAUUUCGCUUUAUUCAAUUUUCUAUCGAAUAAUCUCGCAUACACCAAUGCUCAAUUUCAAAGUGAGUAUAGAAAUAUCCUACCCGUGGCAAGUCUACUAAAGGGCAAAUAUGUUCUUCACGAAACAUUGGCCGAUACCAAACAUUUAAUCGAGAGAGUUUGCAUUGAUUUCCACAUCGCCAUAUGUUGGAUGAAGGCAGGAAUUUCUCGAACUCCAAGGCAUCGUGUUGUCCCGUUGGCUUAAUUUUCAUGAUUGUAUUUAUUCAUUAUCAGUUCAAAAUAAAUUUGAAAAAAUGAAGAAAAAAAA